AUGGUCGGCGGCGGGUGCACCGGCAGCAGAUGCUGGCAGGCGACAAAGGGAGGCCGAGGCACGCGUCAGCAGGCGGCGGAAGGAGGCGGCGGAGGCGGCCAUGAUGCCCUAGCCGCACCAACCUAUGGAAGGCACGGCCAAAACCGGCCGACAAGGAGCUCCGGCGGCGGGGACGUCGGCGGCGGACGAGUGUGGUCGACCGAGGGGAGGCGGCGCUCACGCCUGCUGGCGGCGGAGGGCGGCGGCUACGGUGCUGGAGCAACCCGAGCCCGCUUGGGCUCGGCUCAGGCUCACAGAGCAGCGGCGGCCAUGGCGAUAACCGGGGGAGCUCCGGGCAACGGCGACUGGUCGCCGGAGGUCAGAGAGAGGCGGCGCAAGCAACUCUAG